AUGAAUGCUGCUUUCAAGUUGUCCUCAUCCACUUAAGAAGGCAGAUUCCCUAUACAUCAGAAGAGAAAGGAGCAAAGAGGUAAAUCCAAAUCAAGACCUUAUAUGCUAGAUUCUAGUCCGAGCAGAGGAUAAAAUACCACCAUUUCAAAUCAAUCUAAUGUCACUCCAAUAUCUAUGAAUCUCUCAAUGGAAAAGCUUAACUAAUCUACUGAAAGACCAAAUACAUCUAGUGUUAUUCAUAGCUAGAGGAGCAUGAGCAAAUCUAAAAGACCUAUUUAACCAUUUACUCCUUCUAAUAACAAAUAGAAUUAUUCCAAUCACUCAACAACUGCUUCUGUAAAGAAUGGGUUCGAUUAGCAAAAGAUGAAAGCCAAAGUCUAAUAGAAAAACACAUCUCGAAAUCAUAACAUGACAACUAUUAGUCCACCUAAAAUUAUGCACAAUUCCUCAACAAAUCUUAAUAGACAGUCUAAAGAUUAAUCUAUAUCCUAACAAUCUUUUAUAGUCAACAACCAAAGCAUCCUGAAUCAAUCACUUUCUACGAAUACAGUUGAAUAAAGAUUGAUAUAGUAUGCAAAAGUCUAUGAGAAUAAGAGAUCUAAACUUGUGGAAUAAAAAGUAGUAAGAGAAAGAGAACCUUCAAAAGAAAAACCAGAUAUAAAUUCCUCUAGCGACACUAUGGUUGAACAGAAAAAACAAAAGAUCUUCGAGCAAAUGUUUUAGCAAAUAAAUUCCCAAAUAGAAUAUGCGAGCGGAACAAAAUAGACUUAAACCUCCUAGUUUGUAGAUCCAGCAACUGCUAACUAUAGAAGUUUGCCUAUUUAGGUGAUGGAUAUUAUGAUGGAUGUGUUUACAGAUUUUGAAGAAGGCUAAAGACCUUGGAAUUAAGAGAAAUUUGUUCAAAAGUGCAAUGAGGUAUAUACUAAAAUUCCUCCUGGGGAUAGAAGCGAGCUCAUAAAACUUUACAAUCCUAAGAUUUAAACUAGAAAUGCCAAGAGAGGCGACUCUAAGUCUAAAUAUCAAGUAAUAUUAUAAUAAUAAAUAAAAAUUUUGCUAUAGCCUGAGAUCAAUCAGAAUUCAGUUUAGAUGUGCAUGAAUAACAGACAAUAUGGAACAAAGGCUUGCGAAAACUUGUAUCAAGCUCAUGAGUAGUAAAUGAGGAAGAAGGAAUAGCUCAAAGAAGAAUUAGAGAAAGAGAGAAUGAAGUAAUGCACAUUCAAACCUUUAACUUAUUUGGACAUCGAGAAGCAAAAAUCUAAUAGUAGCAGCAACGGAAGUGCAAUGUAGCAUAGGAACUCAAUAAAGGAUUCGUAGAGAUCAUAGAGAAAUACUGAGUCUCCAGUAAAGACAAAAACAUCUCAAAAAUUUAAUUGA